AUGGGGAAUGAUGGUGGAAUUCCAGAGUGGUGUUAUCUAACAAAAAAUGGUGAGUGUCAAGGAAAAGGAGGAACUUAUACUGAUGUAAUUGGAAAAGAUGGCCGUAUUGGAAAUGGUAUGGCAAUGACUAUGAUUCCGUUUGAGGAUACUGAUGUUCUUUUCAAGCUCGGAAAAAAAAACCAAGGUUAUUUAGCGGAAUUGAGAUGUAAGGGAGGAGUAUCUGAACUCACAUUUUCUGGGAGUACUGUGAGGUUCACAACUCCCUCAAUAUCGGGAUAUAAUAGGUGUUCUUUUAUAGUUGGCUUGUAUCAAGAUAAAAUUCAUGUUAGUCCUUUUGGUUCUAAAAAUAUUUCUUUGGGAAGUAUUCCAAUGUCUCCAUCAUCUUCUUUUAAUGAGAUUUAUUGUGAUACAACCUAUGCUAAGUAUGGUGCUAUUCACACCGGAUACAGCCCUUCUCCUCAAGUAGUAUCUACACCAACAACACAAGGAUUCAAUAACCUCGAUAGCUCUCUUUCUCUUCCUUCAACAACAACAACAACUACUACUACUACCACUACAACUACUACAACUACAACUGCAGCUCCAAAGCUAACUUUAGAAGCACAAGAGUAUCUAAUUGUUCCAAGCAUACAGAGUGCAGCAGCAUCUAUUUCAUUCUCUAUUAAUAAGUCUUUAUUAACUUCUUCUUCACUCAUUGUCACUUUGUCGGAUGCCAACAACUCAAGUCUUGCUCAGACAAAACUGAAGUCUUGUUGUCUUGAAUUAACUUCAGAUAAUCCAGAGCAUUUUGACAAAGCGAUGUAUAAUACGGAAAUGAAGAGUGCUUCAACAGUAAAUCUUACUCUUGCUUGGACUAAAGCAUUUAUCUAUUUAAUUCUAGUUUCCAGCAUGUCAAUUUUAGCUUCAGUUCCAAGGCUUGGAAAUCUAAAUACUCCUACCAGAGCAAUUCUUGAAAAUGAUUUAGGAGCAAAACUAAACACUACAUGGAAAUAUUCUAGUGAGUUUGAAGUACCAAGGUUAUCUACAUGCAGCUUGAAUACCUAUGACAACUCAUGUAAGUCUACAUCAAUCUCCAUCGUUUCUCCAGUUUCCUGGAAGCCUAAUAUAUCCUUUCUUAGAUAUGGUUUUGUGUCCCCAAUAAGCGGCAGUUACCCGAUUUCUAUCUCAUUAACUUCCGGUGGAACUUUAUUUGUGUCUAUUAAUUUCAGUCAAACUGGUAUUACCGUUUCUAUUCCUUCCUCAUCUCAAACUUCUUCUAUGAGCUAUGUUAAAACCCCAAAUCCAGGAGAAUGGGUUUCCGGGGAUAUCUUUGUUUUAAGUCCCAAGUUAUACAAUACUUUAGAUAGAAUCAAUAAUUCAAAGCCUUGUACUCUCAUCACAUCUUCCUGUACUGCAACAUCUUCUUGGGCCUCCACAAGUUUGUCUAAUUUGGUUGCAAGUUACGCAUAUUUAUCCAAGCUUUCUUUGGAAGCAGGAAUAGAAGAUACUGAAGAACAGCCGAAACUUUAUGUUACCUAUAAGGGAGCUGUUGCACUGAGUAUCAAUAUCUCUAAUAAAGAUCUAAAUGGAGCAACUGUCCAAGAUAGUCCUACAUACCAACCUUUGGUAUAUUGGAAGGUCUACAAGGGGCUUUCUCCCUCAAUUAAUAUCCCUUCGGAAGAACUUUCAAAAAUUAAGGAUGAUGUUAGAAAUCCAAACACUACCACUACUCUUUCUUUAAAUACAACUACAGUUGUAACUACAACAACGACAAAGUCUACAAGCUCAGGAUCAUGGUUUGACAGCAUUUCAUCCUGGUUUUAA